AUGGCAUCUAAAACCUUCAACUCUUGCCCUGCUAUAGAUAUCGUCAUUUGCACUGCUAUGAUUUCGGGGUUUGUGCUCAAUGGAAUGGAUUGUAAAGCCUUAGAAAUGUUUAGAUGGGUGCUGGAUAAGAAAAUGAGGCCCAAUGCAGUAACUCUAGCAAGCCUCUUACCUUGUGCGGGUUUGGCUGCUCUGAAAUUGGGUAGGGAGUUGCAUGGUAGUGUUCUCAGAAAUGGGUUUGAAGACAGGUGUUAUGUAGGAAGUUCAAUUUCAGAUAUGUAUGCAAAAUGUGGAAGGUUGGACCUAGCACGUCUAGUUUUCUUCAGAAUUUUCAAAAAAGACACUGUUUCUUGGAACUCGAUGAUUACUAGCUGUUGCCAGAAUGCAAAGCCGGACAAAGCAAUUGAUCUUUUCUAUCAGAUGGGUUUAGAAGGAGCCAAAUAUGACUCUGUUAGCAUAUCUGCAGCUCUUUGUGCAUGUGCAGACUUGCAAGCACUGCAUUAUGGCAAAGUAAUACAUGGAUUCAUGAUUCGAGGAGCAUUUAGCUCAGAUCUUUUUGCUGAGAGCGCUUUGAUAGACAUGUAUGCUAAAUGUGGACACUUGGAAUUAGCACGUACUGCUUUUGACUUGAUGGAGUGCAAGAACGAAGUUUCUUGGAAUAGCAUAAUUGCUGCUUAUGGGAACCAUGGACACCUUGAGGAUGCUUUGGCUCUACUGAAUGAAAUGAGGGAAAAUGGAUUGCAGCUGACCAUGUCACUUUCCUCACCAUAA